ACUAUUUUGUCAGUGUUCAAAACUUUAUUUAUUGAUCGUGGGUUAUGACCCCUUGAAUUUGUUAAUAAAUCUUAGAUUUCCAAAGUGGAUUAUAAUCUUCUCUUGCAAUCUCGGUUUUCGGUGGUGCUUUAUUGACGAAUUCUUAGUGGUUGUUAGUCAUGUCAAUACGAUGGUUAUUCAAUAAAAGAGUCAAGGGCUGGACGGCUUGGGUUUUAAUGUGUGGUUACACCGCAUAUGAUGAUGUAUUUUAACAUUGGCUUAACCUCAAUUAAUAUACGUAAUACAGCGGAUCUGAAGGUAUACUGAUUCAUUCGACACUUCCUUAAAACAAGCCAAGACGUUCUGCCAAACCUGAGCCAGUUUUGCCAUCAUUCAGGCCAAAAAGCCACGACCAAAUCUGCUUAUUCAUCUCAUCGUUGAAACUUCUUUACAAUUUUUGAGUCUCCAGAAUGGAUUUCGCUUGGUUGGUUCGAAUUUUGCUGGAGAUUUCGCUCAUCAUUUGUUUACACGUGUUGUCGUCUCAAUCAUAUGAAUCUAUCGUGGUAAGCACGAAAUAUGGACAGAUUCAAGGAGAGAGUCAAGGUAUACCUUUAGCACAAGGACCUAUCAAACGAAUUCACAAGUUCCUCGGAAUCCCGUACGCACAAGCGCCUGUAAAGGAACUACGUUUUCAACCUCCUCGACCACAUAAAGGCUGGAAGCCUAAAUUAUUUAACGCCCGACAAUUUGGAAACAUCUGCCAGCACAGUAAAACGUAUUUAGCCUAUUUGAUAAAGUCCAUCAGGCCAGUUUGGCCUGGCUUUACGUACGAAAACGUCAACGAGGACUGUUUGACUUUGAACAUCUACACACCGGCAACCGUACUCUCGCCCAAGCCGAAUAACUCGUUGUACCCGGUGUUAUUUUACAUCCAUGGCGGAAGUUUUUUGUUGGGUACUCCAGCCCGAGAUAAAACUAUUGGCGAUGUUUUACCUUCGUAUGGUAUCAUACUGGUAACCAUUCAAUAUCGAUUAGGUCCCUUCGGGUUCAUUACCACUGGGGACGCAGCGGCACCUGGAAAUUAUGGGCUUUUAGAUCAAGUGGAAGCCUUGAAAUGGGUCAAUGAAAAUAUCGCUCAAUUUGGUGGAGACAAAAAAAGGAUAACUAUAGCUGGGAAUAGUGCUGGCGGGGCAAGUGUUGGCCUUCAUCUCAUGUCGCCAAUGACAAAGGGACUUUUUCAGGGAGCAAUAAUGGAGAGUGGAGUCGAGUUGUCCCCGUUUGCUUUUUUGCCACUGGAAGAAGCCGUUCAAAAAACGAAGAAUGUUGGCCGUAAACUGCUAUGCGAUACGGAAAACAGCACAACAUUGAUAGAAUGCCUUCGGUCUAAAGAUGCCAGUGAUAUCUCAUUUUACUACGAGAAGUUCCCGGCACCUGUUCUAGAUAACUACUAUCUCACGGACACACCUGAAAAUCUUAGGAAGAAAAAGCUCUUCCAUAGGGUGCCCGUCAUUAUCGGCUUCACUAAACAUGAAGGACACCACAAUAUUCGUGCUCUUGAGUUAGAGUCGCCACUGAAUGAUAACACAUUCCGAAAGGGAAUAGAAAGGUCAAUACAAGAACUAUUUGACAUCCAAGAACCAAUGGUAGCUCAACAAAUGGCAGACGCGCUCGAAUUUCAGUAUUAUCCAUGGUAUAAUAUUGGCAAUGCUGCGUCUCUAAUGAAAGGGCUGGUGAAAAUGCUAACCGAUUAUUAUAUAAUUGCACCGUCAUUCAAAGCAGCCGACUUUCACUCCAGACACUCGAAAACCUACUUGUUCCACUAUCAAUACUUGUCCAGCGCGCGUCAAGAUUUACCGUGGGUAUAUCACGGUAGAAAUGUGGACUAUAGCUUCGGAGGUCCCUUUACCAACAUGUCUUAUGACAAGUUCGAUGAUAAAGACCGCAAUAUAAGCCACUUCAUAAUGAGUAGAUAUGCCAAUUUUGCAAAAUACGGCACCCCAGACCCAUUGUCAGGUGAUCUUCGAUGGACGGCAUAUACCCCAGACAACGGUGCUUACUUGGACGUUACGAGCCAACCAGAAAUAGCCUAUAAAUACCAUCCCAAUAGAAUGGCAUUUUGGAAUCAUUAUGUACCGAAGAUGAAAAAAGGAUCUUGCUCGAUGCCUCCUACCAUGGAUGCUACGACAUCUGGUGGCCGAAAACACCUUCCAUCAAGUUCGAUUAUUGUACUUCUUCUUCUUCUAAUAUCCUUUGCUACUCAACCACUUGGCUUAUUGUAACUUAAUGUUCGUAUGUGGAUGCUUCUGCUAAAACUGACAGAGAUAUAUACAGGACUGAACGCACGCUAUCAAGUGCGUGUCAAAAAUAUCAGCCGGCUUAUUUAGCUAGGAGCCUGAGGUGCCAAGAAAGCUUGAAGUUGAAGGUAUCCAUUGUAUCGUAAUUAAAUAAGUCCAAAAUAAAAACAAACUGUUACGUGUAGGUUAAUGAAGGAUCAGCCAGCAGAAAACUAUAAAAUAUAUUAGAUCGACAGGUGUUAAACGAGCAUGCGCGCUAACUGUAAUCUUAUUGGUUGUCCCGCGAAUUAAGUACAGCACCCUUGUUCAUGCGCCUGUACGUAGUCUUACCACUUCUUCUGGUCAAAACUGUUAUUGUAGUCUUCAUAACACCCAGUGGUGGACGCGUGCUAUUUCCAAAACGUUUGUAUUGCCGGCAAAACGGCUAGUGAUUUUGGGCCUACAUUAAGUUCCUAUUUACAAUGAGGAAGCUUAUUAUUCUAAUAGUAGGGAUAUCUAACUAUUUGAUAGGGUCGCACUUCUAGCUCUGACCGGGCUUAGGUUUUCCUUUUAAUCUCAUGGGUAGGGAUAGCCCGCCUUCUUGGGUCAAUCUUAAUUUUAUGUUUUGUCGAUCUCUCACAAAUUACUUUAUUAACUUUAGCCAUUAUCAUAAUUAAUGAAUGCCUACUGAAUCGCAAUAUUUAAAACAGGCAAAAUAAAGUCAAAAAUGUAUCUUGUUUGGCAGUGAUCUUGUUAACGGCAAGAUGCCUUACCAUACAGUUUAUUUGGGUACUAGGGCUACCAUUUCAUAUUAUAAAAUCAUUGUUAUAAAUCUCGCAUUCUGAUUGGUUGGGAGCGCGUGCUAUAUGAGAGCACACACGCGUACGCACCGUUUGCAUUUUACUAAAGAAAUAGAAAACGCGCGCGCGUGCUGUGUGGAGUUAUAAAGCACGCGGGG